AUGUCGCCAGUAUCACCUACCGCCACUAACAAGGUCAAGGUCACACCGGAUUCUUCCACCUAUUCUCUGGCAUUCGGAUACUUAGUGGUUUUGUCGCGGCCAGCGUCCCACAGCUCAUCGACUUCUGGUUUAUCAAGAGCACAUAUCUCAUUGAGCGGACCAACGUCGUAUAAUCCUCGGAUUCGUAAAUACACUAGUAUCGACUUGACCCCACUCGAAAGUGCGUAUGCUCGCGUUCAGGAUUACAAUUCUUGCCGCACCAGGGACGCGUGGCGUCCUGAACUUUUGCAGCACAAUGUUCCCUUCACAGAACUUCGUCAUGUUGUUUGGGAAGCAACACCACUGAUGGGUUUUCCCUCCUCAGGGACUACACAUGGUCUUCCUAAACUGACAUGA